GUCAUCCAGCAGAAGAGCUAUAGCGGUACAGGGUCCCGCACCGGAACGAGGCUUCCAUGGUUGGAUUUAUUUGCAUUUGAAUAGCGCUACUCAAAUAUUACACAAAGGUACACAGGAACCCGAGAAGCACGGUUUAAACUUACUAACGCUGCCAGAUUCUUGGAUAUCUGUGGAAAAAUCAUCCACUUCAGCGUUGUUUUAGGAGUAGCAACAUCAACGACAGCUUCGGGGAACUUCCAGAGCUGCCAUCUCCAUCCAGACAGGUGUGAAUACCGGGAGAAAGUUUGUGAAGAGCGAGGAGGAUUUAACGAGUACCUAUGCGGAUACAGUCCUGGCAAUAGUUUGUUUUCGUUUGUACUUAUCCUGGGAAAGGCCUUCGUGGCGAGUUUCUGAGGGAAAGCGGGAUAAGGAAAGCCAGCGUGAGAGCUGAGAGAGGGAAAGUCCAGUGCGUGGAUAAUCCUUUCUCCCGCCAAGCCGCGGAGGAACAGGUGUCUGCUUUAUAGCGGUCCCCUGCAUCUCAUCCUAAUCAAGAUGGCGUGCUCUCUCGUCAAAACAUAACGGUCCACUACCCUACACCAUGGGGAGGACUCUCAGGCUUCCCCGGGGGACUAUGAUAGCCCCUGUUCUUAUAUUGCUGCAUGUCUGGAGCUGCUCUUCACAGGGCUUCUUCCCCAGGCUAGAAAAUGUCGGGAAGAACAAGCCCAUCUCAUCGGACCCUUCGCGGGCAACUUGCGGGCUCGCGGGACGUUCCUCACACUGUAGACCCAUGGGUCUCACUGCGCUACAGUUUUGUCCCAUACAGGACGGUUGUAUACAGGGCUGUCCUAGCAGAACUGCCACGCCGUCCCCCACGGACCUGCUGACCGCACCGGGAGCAUGCAUCACCCAGGACACUAGCGAUGUACGGCCGGGAGCGCAGCCAGGAUCCCCCGCGUACAUCGUCAGGGACAGUUCGCCGUGCUUCGCCUCGCCCCCCUCCCCACCCAGGCUCGGAGCGGAUGGCGAAUUCACACUUAGUGUCUGGCUUAAGCUACAGGACAGCAAUAGACCAGGGACCAUUAUUGAGAAACAGAACAGUGGUGGGGAGACCAUUUUUUCCUUGACUGUGUCGACCAACGAGCUGACUUUUGACUACCUGACGUCCAGCGGUGCACAACAACUGGUGCAGAACCAGAACCCCUUCAGUAUCAACAGGUGGUACCACCUGGUCUUGCAGGUGUAUGAUACUCGCCUGAGCAUCUUCAUCGAUGGAACAGAGAGUGACGGCACGCCGUACGCUACCCUGGAUCUACGGGGUCAGAUCACAGAUGCAUCUGCUGGUACCUCCUCUAGGAUAGGACUCACACUGGAUGGCACACAGCAGUUUGUGGGGCGACUACAGGAGCUGUGGUUCUACAAUGUAGCACUUACCAAUAGGGAAGUCCAAGAGGUUUACACCGGCACCUUCCCAGAGCUGCACGCCGACUCAUCUUGCCGGUGCCCACCGUCCCACCCACGCAUCAACCCCCUGCUGGAGCGCUACUGUAUCCGGAACGGCGACCCCGACACGACAGCAGACAUCGAGCUGAGGCUGGAUGCUGAUGCCCACCCUCUGGCUUACAUCAACGAUGAUGAUCUCAGUUCUAGGUGGAUUUCAGAUUUCUUCUCCAGCAUUCCAGGAGACACUGUCACCAUUGACAUUGAUCUUUCCAAUGGACAGUAUGAGGUUUAUUACGUCAUUGUAAACUUCUACAACCCACAACCCAAGUAUGUGACCAUCCGGAAGAAAAAGACGGAAGCAUCACCAUGGGAGGACUGGCAGUUCUAUGCUGAAGACUGCGCACAGUUUGGACUGGACAACAAUGGGGAGUUGGGCAAUCCAGAAUCAGUCAAUUGUCUACAGUUUCCAAGUAAUCCAGCCAACACUGAUGCAAACGUCACCUUCUCCUUGCUGUCAGCUGGUACGAGUUAUCAUGCAGGACCAGUACUACACAGGUGAACCUGGGGUCAAUGCUCGGGCCAAGUUCUAUGGGCUGUCUGGAAUCACAGUUUCUGGAAGGUGUAUCUGCUAUGGACAUGCUACAUCAUGUGAUAUGGAGCAGGACCCAUAUGUGUGCCGCUGUCUGGAAACCAGCUUCACACAAGGAAACAAUUGUGAGGAGUGCCAGCCACUGUAUAACAACAAGCCCUUCCGACACGGUGAUAACCUGAACGCGUAUAACUGCCGUCCCUGCGAGUGUUAUGGCCAUGCAGACAGCUGCCACUACGAUGCCUCGGUGGACCCCUCCCCAAAUAACCACUUAUCGGGUGGAGGUGGUGUAUGUGAUGACUGUCAACAUAACACCAUUGGGAGACAGUGUGACACGUGUGCUGAUGAGUUCUACAGGGAGAUAGGCAAGCCCCUGGAUGCUGUGGAUGUGUGCACACCAUGUGACUGUAAUGUUACUGGUGUGAAUGGCUCCCUUGUUUGUGACAAGAUUGGAGGCCAGUGUGCCUGUAAGGCCCAGGUAGAUGGUCGACAGUGUGACCGGUGCCGUGCAGGUUACUUCAACUUGACCCAGACCAACCCUGAUGGCUGUGAGAACUGCAGCUGUAACCUUGCUGGCACGGCGGGAGGGGACAGCACCUGUGAUGAUGAUGGACAGUGCAACUGCAAGGCCAAUGUCAUCAAUCUUAAGUGCGACCGCUGUGACUAUGGCUACAAGUUGUUGACUGCCAGUAAUGCUGCUGGGUGUGAGCCCUGCCAGUGCAACACCUACGGCUCCACCAGCCAGUUCUGUAACCCUGACACAGGGCAGUGCCAGUGUAAGACUAAUGUGGAAGGUCUCCUUUGUGACACCUGUGUGGAUGACUUCUAUGGGCUGGACAGCACAGGGUGUAAAGCAUGUGUUUGUCAUGCUGAUGGUACAGAAACUGGGACCUUCUGUAACAAGACGUCCGGGCAGUGUGUGUGUAAGGCUUAUGUCCAGGGCCACACGUGUGAUGAGUGCAGGGAUGGGUUCUAUAGCCUGGGUGCCAGUCCCGCCCUGGGAUGUGUUCCAUGCACCUGUACAACCGCUGGCACAGUUGGCAGCACGAGUGUCUGUAACAAGACUAACGGAGUCUGUCCUUGUAAGACAUUUGUGAGCGGAGACAACUGUAACCAGUGUCAGGAGAACUACUGGGGACUGGACCAGGCUAACCCUGAUGGCUGCCAGCCCUGCAGCUGUGACCCUACAGGAACUGUGGCAGGUACAGCUUGUAACCAGGCCACUGGGCAGUGCACCUGUCUAGCUAACAGGGAGGGCCGCAGGUGUGACACCUGUUCAGCAGGUUAUUACGUGACACCCAACAGUGGAGACGGUUGCCUGGAGUGUAACUGCAAUGCUGCAGGAACCCAGGCGGGGACAGUCUGUGAUGCAGCCACUGGGCAGUGUCAGUGCAAGCUCAACUCUGGGGUGGGGGGCCGGGCUUGUGAUGAGUGCCUGCCUGAAUACUUCAACUUUGACCCUGGCUCUGGCAGUUGCUCCCCAUGUGGUUGUGACCCAGCGGGGAGUACCAACACCUCCUGUAACCCCAACACUGGGCAGUGUGACUGUAAGGACUUUGUGGAGGGCGACAAAUGUGACACCUGUGUGGCUGGGUCCAGUAACCUGCAGGAGAGCAACCCCUUUGGCUGCAGCAAAGCCCCAUCACAGAUGCCACAGCCAGUUGGAACUCCCUCUUCAUCCACAGUCAUCACCCUGAGAUGGGACCCACCAGACUUCCCUAAUGGGAACUAUCUUCAGUACUUUCUGUUCAGGGACAACCAGCAGAUCUACUCUGUCAAUGACACUCUGCCAUUUGACACCCAGGAGUUUGAGGACACAGCACUGUCCCCGUUCACCCAGUACACAUACUACGUUAGAGCGGAGAACUCCGAUGGCGAGGCAGACAGCCCAACCAUCGCACUACAGACACUCGCAGGGGUCCCCUCAGGUGAUGCUGCUCUGGAGGUCAGCCAAGUACAGGCAACGAGUGCAUUCUUCCGUUGGCAACCACCAUCCAAUGCCAAUGGUCCUAUCAACAACUAUGUGCUGACUUCGGUGACCCCAAGCCGCCCUACUCCCAUCUCCCACUACACUGGCCUGGCAACAGAGCAGCUUAUUUCAGACCUCAUCCCCUUCACCAACUACACCUUCAGCCUGGAGGCCUGCACUAGUGGAGGGUGUGGGAUCAGCGACCCUGUGGUGUUCACCACAUUCCAGGCAGCACCUCAGGGUCAGGCCCCACCCAUCAUCACUGCCCUGUCCCCCACUGUACUGUACAUAGACUGGGACUACCCAGAUCAACCCAAUGGCAUCAUCAUCAGGAAUGAGCUAUGGAUGCGAGGAAAGCCCAAUGCCCAAGGAGUUCAUAUCCCUCCAGCCAACCUCAUCUUUGAGUCUGUGGGUUUUUACAACCCCCGACCAGUCCAAACUCCAAAUGAGAAUGCCCUUCCUCCUCCAGAGACAAACUACACAAAGGAGGGUCUGUCUCCCUACACAGAGUACGAGUUCCAAGUGCGUGCCCAGAACCAAGCUCUGCAGCAGAACACUGACACCAGCCCCUGGGUCACAGGCAGGACGGCUGAAGCAGCCCCUCUAUCAAUGACAACACCAACUGUGGUGGGUGUUUCAUCAUCCCAGCUGAAUGUGACCUGGCAGGAGCCAGAUGUGACCCAGUCCAGGGGGGAGAUCCUGCGGUAUGAGGUCUACAUUGUGCGCACAUCAACAGAUCCAUUCGCACCUCCAGAUCAAGCUGAGCUCCUGUACACAGCUGGUGGCUCCGAGUACUCUUACGUAGCCGGAGGAUUCCUGCCGUACUCCCAGCAGCGGUUCAGGAUCACUGCCUGUAACAGUGUGGGUUGUGUGGACAGCUCUGAGGGGAGGGGCACCACACUUCCAGAAGCCCCCAGUGGUCAAGCCCCUGCUAUCGCUGAAGGUUACAACUCCUCUGCCAUGACCGUUACCUGGUCACCCCCCACACAGCUGAAUGGCCCAGCCCCUAACUACGAGCUCCACCGGUUGCCGUCCUCCUUCUCUACAUCUCCUCCCCAGGUGUUCAAAGGGACAUACUUCCCUGGGGCAGGGUACAGGAGGUUUCCUGGCACACUACUGCCUGGGAAUGCUGCCUUCACAGGUGUCAGACUCUCCUUCAAGACUUCCCACCCCAAUGGACUGAUAUUCUUUGCAGUAUCCUCUGACACAGCACAGAGCGAGUACCUGGUAAUCCAGAUGGUGAAUGGCCGGCCAUGGUUCCUGUUUGAUGUACAGGAUGCAGCAACUGCUGUAACAACCACCAAUGAUGCAGGCAGGCGGUAUGAUGAUGGAGAGUGGCAUGAGUUAGAGGCAUUCAGAAAUCAAAGAGUUGGGACACUCACUGUGGAUGGUUUUGAUGGUACUGCAACAUCCUCAGGAACCUCCAACAUCAUCGGCAGCAUGGCUUACCUGUACCUAGGGGGCCUUCCUCAUGACUUCCAGUUGGUGCGGACUGACACAGGGGACAGGGCCACCAGGCGUGUGGGAUACCUGGGCUGCCUGAAGGACGUCACAAUCCUGUCCUCCAUCUCUCCGUCCUACACCUGGACACCUGUAGACUGGACUCAGGCAACCAAAAGUGCCAACGUACCUGCAUACUGGGAGGGCUGUGUCUCUGGUCUACAGCCAGGUGUACACUUUAAAGGAAGAGGUUUCAUCAAGCUGCCGACUGGAACAUUUUCUGGUGGAGCAAACUUUGAUAUGAGUUUCCAGUUCCGCACGGAGAUCCUGACAGGACUGGUGCUGUUCUCCUACGGAAGCACUGGGGACAAUUACAUGGUGGUGGAGCUGAACAUGGGAAGUCUACAGGUUGAGGUUGCCUCUGGUGCAGCCAGAAUCCGAGCUGAGACAACACCCUCGGAUGUGUUCAAACUGUGUGAUGGUGCCUGGCACACUGUGACUAUAGAAAAGAAUGGAGGCACCAUCAGCAUAGAUGUGGACAGUGGUAAUGUGACAGCAACAGGGACUGGAUCAGCAUUCACAGUGGCUCUAGACUCACACUUGUACGUUGGAGGGUUGCCAGUGGAGGGAGAGGCUGCUGAUGUUGUCUCAGCCAAAAAUCUGGAUCUUCAAUCAGGUUUUGGAGGUUGCCUGAAAGAGCUGAGUUUUAACAGUGGUGCUGCAGUUAACGUCAUCCUACCUGACUUGGAGGUGGCUAAUGUUGCCUUGGAUGGGUGCCCGCCUGAUGGGUCCAUGAGGGUCUGCAUGAGUGAUGCUACCAGCCAGCUGUACAUGGGACAGGCACGCAGCUUCGUGGACACCACUGGACUGUCCCCAUUCACUGAGUACCUGUACCAGGUGAUCAGCAGCAACCCAGCUGGCUCAAGUCUCAGCCAGUGGAGCUCUGGCAGGACACGAGAGGGAGCUCCCACUGGACUGGUGGCCCCGUAUGACCCCAUGGAUUACAGUGGUUAUGUGGUGGGCCUCAGUUGGCAGCACCCCAUGGAGAAUAAUGGUGUGAUCCAACAGUACACCAUCAGGGCCUACAACUUAGACAGACCUGAGUAUGCUCCGGUGGAAACCAACUUCACUGACACCGAGCUUACUUCAGGGAAUAUGACAAACCUGAUCCCCUUCACCAACUAUGACAUUCGCCUGGUGGCCAGCACAGGGGGAGCCAGCACUGAAGGCCCAGGACUCAGGCACACGACUGUACAGGAAGUUCCUGAUGAUGUUAGCCCACCGUAUGCAACAGCCACCUCAGCCACAGAGCUGACUUUAAGGUGGGAUGAACCAGGCAGGCCUAAUGGUCUCAUCCAGGGCUACAACCUCUUCAGGGAUGGCUCUCGCAUCACCAGGCCCGACGACACACUCCUAGUACAUUCUGUUUCUGGGCUGACAGUCUUCACAACAUACCACUUCAUGGUGGAGGCUUGUAAUGCCAAGGGGUGUACACAGAGUCCUGAAGCUGUUAUAACCACCUCACAGCUUCCACCCACCCGCAUGGACCCUCCCACUCUUCAGGUCCGAGGGGCAAAGGAGAUCUUUGCAGAAUGGAUUGAGCCCUUGGAGCUGAAUGGCAUCCUGGAGAGAUAUGUAGUGUACAGGUCUUUGGUACAAGCUGACCUAGGAGAGGUGGUGUACAACACUACAGCCACUGCCUUCAGGGACUACACUCUUACCAACCUGACUGGUGGGACAACAUACUACAUCAGGGUGGCAGCAUGUACAGGUGGAGGCUGUCGGACCAGUGCUGCAUCUGUAGCCACUACAGAGGAGAGUGCACCAGAGGGAGUCCCAGCACCAACAGUGGAGUCUGACAGUCCUUCACACAUCAGAGCCACCUGGGGGCCACCCAGGAUACCUAAUGGUGUGAUCAUCAGCUAUGCCCUGUACAUGAAUGACAAUCCAGUACAGAACACAUCAAACGUGAUGACGUAUGAGACAGACGGCCUGUCAGCUUGGAGUUUACACUACUUCCAGGUCCAGGCAUGCACAGCAAGGGGGUGUGGGCUGGGACCAAAGGUCAGUGGCAGGACCCAAGAGGCUGCCCCAGAGGGAGCAGUGAACCUUCAGGUCAGAGGACGGGACAGUAGGUCUAUUGACGCACGUUGGAACGCUGUUGGACGACCAAAUGGGAAUGUGUCAUACAGCGUACUGUUUACUGGAAUCUUCUACAGGGAUCCGGAUAACUGGGACUACACUACAGUGAGGGACACCCAGUCUUUGUUCACCAGUCUUGUAACUGAUGAGUGGGUGACCAUCCCAGGCCUUAUCCCCUACUCCACAUACACUGUGCAGGUCAACGCUUCCAACACAAAAGGCUCCAUUCUCAGUAACACCCUUACAGCUACAAUGCCAGUAGGAGAACCUGAUGGAGUCCGUCCCCCCACCCUGGUGGCGGUGUCUGCCACGUCCAUCCAGGCCACCUGGGAUGCAGUCGGCAGGAACAAUGCACCUGGUAAUGCAGACUACAGGCUGGAGUACAGGGAAGCAGGCAGCAACAGUGGGCAAAUUGUUUUUGGACCAUCUACGUCCAGGAGUCACACACAGACAGGCCUGAGACCUUACACAGAGUAUGAAUUCAGGGUGAUCGCUGGAAACAACUAUGGCUCAACACCGAGUGAGUGGGCUGCACAGCUCACCUCAGAGGACCGCCCUGGUCCCAUUGACGCUCCCCUGGUGGAAGUGAUAGAUGCGUACACCCUACAUGUGACCUGGGAGCCUCCUGCAGAGCCCAAUGGCAUCCUGACAGAGUACCGACUGUACCAGAACAGCGCACGACAAGUUACAGUUCCCAGUAACGUAACCGAGUACCGAAUGGAGGGCCUGACACCGUAUACAGACUACACCUACAGAGUGGAGGUCUGUACCAGGGAGGGAUGUACCUCCAGCAGUAACUCCGUCACCGUGACAACUCCACCGGCCACACCCGGGUCCUUUGCCCCGCCCAGUCUUAGCUCACAAACCCCAACAUCGGUCACCAUCAGAUGGUCUGAGCCCUCUUCACCCAAUGGUAUUCUGAGGCUCUACACACUUCAGAGAAGACUGAAAGGCUCUUCUGGUGCCCCAGAUGUGGUGGCCAACUUCCUGCCCACACAGUCACGGACAUAUCUGGACCAGUCUGAUACCUUGCAACCCUAUACCACAUAUGAGUACAGGAUGUUGGCAUAUGUGCAAGAUAUCACUGAGCCAGCAUACAGUGACUGGGCUGAAGUCACUACACAAGCAGCAAGACCAGCAGGCCUGACCCCUCCCACAGUCCAGGUUCUUGGCCCCACCUCCAUGUUUGUGACUUGGCUGGCACCGAGCCAACCUAACGGUGCCCUGACCAGAUAUGUCAUCAGGAUGCCUGACCCAAGGAUCGAGCUGACCAAUACCAACCUUACCUCCUACACGGUGGUGGGCCUGGUUCCAUACACCAGCUAUUCUGUCAGCAUUCAGGCUUGCACAGCAGCUGGCUGUACCCAGAGCAGCGCCACCGCAGCCUCCACCCAGGCUACAGUACCUGCAGGACAGGCUGCUCCAGAGGCCACGCCCAUCAGCGACUCUUACAUCUCUAUCUUCUGGCAGCCUCCUACAUUCCCAAAUGGGCCCAACAUCCGAUAUGAGCUUAUUCGUACCAAGACCAGGCAGCUUCUAGUACCAGCACCUCCAGACCUACUGUCGCCCGUGUCUGUGUAUUCUGGCACUGGUCUGUCCUAUGAUGACAGAAGUCUUUCCAGGUACACCACCUAUGAGUACCAGGUGACAGUAUACAAUGACAUCGGCCCCUACACCAGUAAUGCUACAGAGGCCACCACCCUACCAGGUGUUCCUACCGCUCCUGCCAACCUGACAGCUACAACCCUCAAUCACACUGCUAUCAGGGUGCAGUGGACACCACCCAGUGUUGUUGAUCUACAAGGAGGAGUCCAGAGGUAUGACCUCAGGUACACAGGUGGUGGCAUGAUGCAAACAAUGUCAUUCCCACCCUCUGACACUGAAACGGUGGUGGGAGACCUCAGACCAAGCACGCUCUACAGCUUCAUCAUCACCAUAGAUAAUGGUGCCCACACCAUCGACAGCACUCCUGCUGUAGCAACUACCAUGGAUGGAACACCUGAAGGUUUGGACCCACCAGUCACUUCAGUAGUUAGCGGCACAGAGGUGCGAGUCAGCUGGACAGCACCACAGACACCUAAUGGACAGGUCACAGCCUACAACAUCUACGUGUCUGGAAACAACCAGCUCAUACAGAACAUCUCCACUGGGAUGACACAAGCAGGCUCUUACAUCGUGGGACAACUGCAGCCCUACACAAUCUACACCAUACAGGUGGAGGUGUGCACGGUGUUUGCUUGUCUGGUCAGUGAGGGUACACUAGUCACCACCCUGGAGACGGCACCAUCUGGGAUAGCCUCACCCACUCUGCAGGUCCUCAGCUCCAGCUCUAUUCGCAUGACCUGGUCACCCCCUGCUCAGCCUAAUGGUAUCAUCCAAGGAUACAGGAUAUCCAGAACAGCUUACUUGCCUUGUUCUGUUGCACCUGCUCCAACACCCAACCCUGAUGCUGAUGUCUGCUCCUACAUCGAGUGUGACAGCGCUGAGAGCCUGUGUGGGACCCAGUGUUACUCUGGUGCCCGUGACUGCUGUGAUGGUACCCUGUACAACACAGUACCAGGCUACGAAUGCUGCAACACCAGUUACAUCACGGGGAGGGGUGAUCCGUCAGACGUGUGCUGUGGAGGACAGCUCCACCCCCAGCAGGAGAAUCACCAGUGCUGCGGUGGACAGUACGUGGAAGUCGGUCCCGAUCAGAUCUGCUGCCCCAGCCCUGACCAGGACAGAGUGUCUGUAGGCAGUGGUGAUGCCUGCUGCGGAGAUGUUCCCUUCUACAGUUCACAAGGACAGGUCUGCUGUGGAGGCAUGCUGUUUGAUGGGUAUGAGCGUCAGUGCUGUGGAGGCAGCAUGGUGCAGGAGGACAUGACAUGCUGCGGGGGGGAGGAGGAUGGCCAGGCCUAUGCUGCAGACUCCGGAAGCUUCUGCUGUGGCAACUCGUACGUAGCUGCUGCCACCACCAGAUGCUGUGAGAGUGACAGUGGCAGUGCCAGGGUCCAUUCAUAUGACAGUGAAGAUGACAAGAACAAUGACAACCGUCAGUGCUGUGGAUUGAACCUGAUCCGGCCCGACUUCUCCUGUUGUAACAAUGUUGGGUACAACAGUGCCACCCAUGUGUGUGCUGACCGACCAUAUCGCAUCACUUCAUCAUUCAGUGACUGUGGGGAUGGAGUAACAUGCCCCAUCAGCCAGACUACAGCAGCAUAUUGUAACAGAUGUGACUUCAGCACAAGCUCCAGUAUAUGUACAAUAGUAGAGGGGGCAUAUGAUGGGGCAGUCUCCUCCACACCCCAGCCCACCUCCAACCCUGGCAUCUGUACACAGGAAACAUCAGAUGUCUACACUGGUGGGACCAAUGUCUUCAUCUUCACAGACAAUGGCCUGGAGCCGUACACCCAGUAUGAGUAUCAGGUGGUGGUGGUGAAUGCUGGAGGGGAGGGAACCAGCGACGCCUCCAUGGCACGAACACGGGAGUCAUCACCAGAGCAGGUGUCUCCACCCGAGUGGUCUGUUACAGAGGGGGAGUACAACGUCGUCAACCUUGCGUGGGAUGAGCCAGGAAAACCCAACGGUGCGAUCAUUCGCUACUCUCUGCUGCGUGCGGACGGUGCCGGUCAGAUCUUCAGGCAAGUGUACCAGGGACUGGCCAGGCAGUACCGAGACCUGGGGAACAUCAGACCCUACCAGGAGUAUAUCUACAAACUACGGGCCUACACCAGUGCUGGGUUUGGGGAGAGUGAGGAGGUGACAGUUGCUACCCUUCAGAUGGCCCCCGCUCAGGUACAGCCUCCUGCCAUUGUGGCCGUCAGUUCCUCCCGCCUCAGCAUCACCUGGGGAGAGCCAGGGCAGCCCAACGGUAUCAUCCGCGAGUACCGUCUGAACCUGGUCAAUGAAACAUCCCAAACUGUGUUAUACACACAGAUGGACAUGGAUGAUCCCAAGGAGUACCUACACACGGGUCUGGACCCCUACACGGAGUACAGUUACAGCCUGACGGCCUGUACAGCAGCUGGGUGCACGACCUCUGACCCUGCGGUGGGCAUGACAGGACAGGACACUCCACAAGAGGUGUCUCGCCCUCGAUUUGUAGUGGUGAGCUCAACUGAAAUUGAGGUGUACUGGUCAGAACCAGGACGUCCAAACGGCAUCAUCACCCACUACCAGCUGGUGAGGGACGGUAGUGUCAUCUACAGUGGAGGUGACAUGAACUUCACUGACUCAGGUCUCACGCCAAGUACAACCUACAUCUACCAUGUAGAGGCUCACACAGUUGUGGGGACUGGACGGAGCAUGCCGGAGAGACAAGCAACCCCCUCCAGCACACCUGAAGGCAUCCCUGCUGCUGAUGUUACUGUCAUGAGUGAUUCUGUGAUCUAUGCAGAAUGGGAUAUCCCUGCAGAACCCAAUGGUAUCAUCCAAAACUACUUCAUCACCCUCAACUAUGGGAUGGAAGGAGGAGAGAGAAGGUCUGUAGGGAACCAAACAUUUUUCAAUGUAACAGGACUGACACCGUACACUGAAUAUGAAAUCAGGGUGAUGGCAUGUACUGCUGACUGUGGGCUGGGUCCAAAAGUGUUUGCACGGACUCUUGAAGCAGCACCAAGUGGCCAGGAGGCCCCCAAGUUGGUCGCCGUUGGACCAAGAGUUGUGGAGAUAUCAUGGGAACCUCCCCUGCAGGCCAAUGGGGAGAUCACUCGAUACCAAGUGUUCAGGAGAGAAUUCGGCACCAACCAACGUCUGCUUGUCUUGGAAACAGCCCUCAACCAAGAAAGAAAAGGCACCGACUCAAACCUCCAACCAUACACCCAGUAUGAGUACAAAGUGAUCAGCAGAAAUUCCCAGGGAGAGACAGAAAGCCCUUGGACACUUGUAAGGACACUUGAAGAUUUGCCAUCCGGGAUGCAGAAACCUGCUGCUCAGGCAGUUGGGGCAUAUUCUAUCAGCAUCUCUUGGGAACCGCCGACCACACCAAAUGGUGAAAUAUCACAGUACAUUGUUCAGUACCAAGAGCAAAGCAAUGACCCCACCCUUCCAGAACCUAUUGUUACUGCUGUGACAGUCGCAAGCCCCAGACAACAGGCAACCAUCAGUGGCAUGAAGCCGUACACAGAGUACAGAGUCCGGGUCACAGCCAUGAACAGUGCUGGUGCCACAACCAGCCCUUGGACACCAGUCAGAACAGCAGAAGCUGCACCAAGGGGUGUUGGACUGUUCUCUGUUGUCAAAGCUACCGAUGGCAACUCAAUGGACUUGUCUUGGGACGAACCCACUGAGCCAAAUGGAGCCAUCACCGAGUAUCUCAUUUACGAAAUUGGUGAAAAUGGACAGAUACAAAUGCCAGCACUAUAUAUAGGUGUGACCAAGGAGUAUACUUUCCGAAGACUGACACCAUACACAACAUACACAUUGAUUCUUGAAGCAUGCACAUUGGCGGGAUGUGCUCGCUCCGAGAGACAGGCACUGACCACUGCUGAAAUUCUUCCUGAUUUUCUUCCAAAACCAACAGCACCACAGCUGAAUGGCACACACGUCGUCCUUACCUGGACAAGACCUGUCAACCCCAAUGGGAGAAUCAUCAGAUAUGAAGUGAUAAGGCGACUAACACCACGGUCUUUGGGCCGCAACAUCCGACAAACAGGUGAAAGUGUUGUCUAUGAGACCACAGACACAGAUCAAGAUAACUACAUGUUUGUGGACAGUGACCUGGCCCCAUACACUGUAUACGAAUACAGAGUCAGGGCCCACAACAGCAUUGGCUCUGUGGAUAGUGACUGGAUCCGUGUGGAAACUGCUCAGGCUGCGCCUGCCAGUGUCGAGGCUCCAGUUGUAGAAUACAUUGGCUCAAACGCUCGCACACUGAGGAUAAAAUGGACUGCACCAGCCACACCCAACGGAGUCAUUGUUAGCUACCAGUUGCAGAGGAAUGACAGCGCACCCAUCUCUUUCUCAGCAGGAGACUCGAGGCUGUUUGAUUACCAGGACCCAGGACUGGAGCCCUACACUGUGUACAGCUACACAAUAACAGCAUGUACAGCAGGCGGAUGCACCACCAGUCAGCCAGCAACCAGACGCACAUUGGAGACUGCUCCUCUCCAAGUAGAGGCACCUGUCAUUGCUGCCAUCAACUCCACAGCAGUGCAGGCAACAUGGUCGUAUCCCAGAAUACUAAAUGGAGAGAUCAACAACUUUGAGCUGAAGGCUGACGGAAUAACCAGAUGCUCUGGGUUGAUUACCAUGUGUGUUGUUGACAGUCUUAUCUCAUACAGAGAGUAUGGCUUCACUGUGAGAGCUUGCACAGGAGGUGGAUGUACGGACAGCCCAACCACUCUUGCACGCACAACAGAGGCCCGGCCAACAAACCAACAGUCUCCAACCCUUCGUGUGCUGAGUUCAACCGUGGUGGAAGUAACAUGGGAUGAGCCACUGUAUCCAAAUGGUGUUAUACGACGGUAUGAGGUCCGAAGAGAUGGAAAUUUGGUUUAUGAUGAGAGUGAAACAAGGUACACCGACUAUGGGCUUACCCCUGGAAGACAGUACAGCUACACUGUGGAAGCCUUUAACAGCAUUGGUGGUACAGGACCCAGCCCACCAGCCAUAAUCAAUACCAUUGCAGACAUUCCAGCUGGACUGGACCCACCAGCUCUCACUGCAUUAUCCUCCACUGCCAUCCGAGCAGAAUGGAUGCCUCCAGCAUUUCCCAAUGGAAUCAUUCGAAACUACACCCUGUAUGUUGAUGGGACCCCUCAAUACACGUUAACAGGGGACACCUUCCAGAGGGACGUCUACGGGCUGCAGCCAUACACACAGUAUGUUUUCUACCUGGAGGCCUGUACAUUGAAGGGCUGCGUACAGAGUACAGCUUCCAGGGAGUAUACCAGAGAAGCCCCACCUGUAAACCAGCCUCUGCCAGUACUUACACAACUGGCUGACUCUCUUGGCGCCAUGCUUGGUAUCCAGGCAUCUUGGGGUGCCCCCAGCAACCCCAGAGGGAUCAUCACAGAAUACCGCCUGUACAGGAGACAGCAAUCCGCCUCCAGCCCUGUGUUUGUGUACAACGGCUCUGCAGCCAUCACAGUCUACAGUGACACAGAUAAUUCCCUCCAACCUGCUACAUUUUAUGAGUACAUUGUGGUAUCAGUUAACCGUGCAGGCACCUCCUGCAGCAGCAUUCUCCAGUGUCCCUGGCAGUCUGUCAAAACGGGAGACUCACGACCAGAAGGCUUACAAGCACCAACCUUCUCAUCCGUCACUGGAAGCCAGGUGACUGUGAACAUUGCCCCUCCAGCAAGACCAAACGGAGACAUUGUGAAGUAUGACAUCCAAGCCAAUGUCUCAGGGGUCCUCCAGGUUGUGGUAUCAACUGUCAGGAUGCCAUGGGAGAUCACAAACCUCCAUCCGUACACCAACUAUGAGUUCAGGGUUGCCGUGUUCACCAACGGUGGAUCCACUCUCAGUCCACCGGCAUAUGUGAGAACACUGGGGGCCGCUCCCACAGGACAGGGUGCACCAAGCAUACGGAGGACAGACACUGAUGCCAUCUACCUCACCUGGGACUAUCCUGACAACAGAAAUGGUAUCAUCAACAGGUUUCAGUUGCGCCAGCGUCGUGCAUGUCCCCUGACCAGUCAGCCAGUCACCCCGUCUCGAACCUGCACCACCCAACAGGAAGCAGUUGUGUACAACGGUCCCCUGCUGAUGUACAACGCUACAGAGCUGGUCCCGUACACCAACUAUGAGUUCAUGGUCACUGCCUUUAACGAGCAAGGGGAGGCACCAUCUAGCUGGCAGCUAGGGACAACAUUACCUGCCCCACCCACAGCUGUGAAUGUGCCAGACAUAACCAGUAACCAGAGCUAUGUGCAUGUGGACUGGAGCGAUGCCUUCAGUCUGAACGGCUACCUGGAGGAGUACGUCCUGUUUGACAAUGAGGAAAUCAGAUACAGCGGGCUGAACACUGCUUAUGACAUCUACAGGAGCAGUGUCAAAGUGUAUAUCAUCCGUGUUGAAGUUCGUACAACCCAAGGCCAGGCUUCUACUGUAACAGCUACUUACAACCCAGACACAGGUGCCGUUCUGGUCCCCACCCCUGCCACCAGGGUCAGUACACCAUGGUACCACAGUGUGUGGUUUGUGGUCACUGCUACACUAGUGGCCAUGAUUCUCCUGCUCAUCAUCAUCGCCCUGUUCCUGCGGAGAGCUGGCACCAGGAAGCCCCCGUAUGAGCGGCAGCGAGCGCCCCUGGCUCCCAGGCAGAAGAGAAGGACGCCCCUGGCUGAGUGUGUUUACCCUGCUCCGGACGGCAGCAUCAUGACAAUGCCAGCCAUGAGACCGCCCACUGCGUCCAGUCGCCACACCCGCAGCAUGGGCCGCACCAGCCAGGCCAGCUACUCCCACCUGAACCCAGCGUACGCUCACAUGAACCCAGCCUACUCCCACACCUCCUUACACAGCAGCAGGAGCGGCAUCAUGGACCCACUGGAGGACAUCGUCGUGUCCGACAAGCUGUCGGGAAAAUUCCUGGAUGACGAUGAUGAUGCCAUGUGGGAUGGUCAUGUGCCUGCAGAUAGUGGCCUGUACGACCCUGAUGAGGUGGAGAGCAGUGAUGGCAGCGUCAGCUUCCAGAAGGAGCACACCAUGUUCACCGACACACAUCUAUGAGGGCAGGGGUCCAAAGAAAUCAUUGUAGCAUGAACUUAGGGAACUUUCCAGGGUCAAUAUCUGCCACAUUUUACACAAAAGAGUUUGCUUUUGCAGAAGGAAUCCCCACUUUGAUAAAAGGUGAGAAAUCUAACCUAAAAGAAAUUGUGGCCAUCAAACCCUGGAAACAUUCCUUAAUAAACUUGUACAAGAGACUAUUUUUUUACCAGGUUUCUACAGAAUGAUUACCUCCAUGUGUCCAAGAUGGUGUAUGUACAUGUUAGAUAUUUUCGAAAGAGUGCCGGCAGACAUUUUCUGGAGAUUACAAAUCGCAUGUCCAUUUUUGAUACCAGAAAAGCAUUGUAUUGUAUAAAAUCUUUUUUCACUUGCCAGUGAUGUCCUGAUCAGUUUGCCUUGCCAGUUAGUAUUUCAACUGUUGUUUAUUAGUUGCAACAGACACAAUUCUUGUAACCAAUUAUCACCAUGAAGGAGUUGUUGUAACCCUCGGAAAGAAACAAUGUGUCACAGGUGUGAAAAUUAUACUUCAAUGAAUUUUGUACAAAUAUGAUACUGUACCAGGUAUGAAAGCAAUAUGUUGGUUUGUAUAGAGACUUUGCAAAAGGUUGUGCACCUACACUGCUCUAUAACAGGUUAGAUAUGGCAUAAAAGGAAUGUAAGGGCUCAAAUUGAAUACACAUGUAUGUAUUUUAGAAGGGGUUACCAAAAUGUUUAAGUUUUCUUUUGAUUGUUCUCCUCACAUUGUUCAAAUUACUCCUACCCUUGCAAGGACAUGAACAUGCACCCUCAGCUGCAAUAGAAGUUUUUGCCAUUACUCCGUAGCAACUUGCCACAUUAUAGCAAUAUUACGUACAGCAGCAUGUUUUUCUGGGUUUACUUGCGAACAAGCAAUGAUGCCAAGAACUUAUGCCAAAACUCUUUAACAGCAAAAAAGAAAUAAUCUUGCCAUCAAACAUUUACCACAGAAUAGAGUAUGGUGAUCUCACAACUUUUCACUGGAGACAAGAUUUAAAUGAACUUCCACUUUAUGUGGCUUUUACCUAAUGUAUGUGCAUUAUUCAGCUUCUUGGGAUCUUGCCAUAAGGAAGUUGAAUUACUAAGAGUUCUUUAAAUGAUUCCUUGAGGUCCAUGCUUAAACUAUGAUGACGUUUUUUAUAUUAGAGCUUCAUGAUGGAUUUUCUGGCAAUUCCCACAAGCACUGCUGUAGGUAGCAGUUUGAUCUAUGCACCAAUAGAUAGAUAACAUUCCUGUUUGACACAGGUUUAAGACAGUGAAUAUUUGCUAAGUUGUGAUUUUUAUGAAACAAUGUAAUACCUUUUGUUGGAUGAUUUACCUUUGAUAUUGUUGUGAAAUUUUCAACUUAGUUGAGAAUUUGUGUGGAGUGUUUAAUAUUAUGUUCACAUUGUACAUGUACCAUAUAAGUGCCAAAUUGUUAUCUGUACAAUUUUGGUAGUUUUGAUUGUUGCAUGUAUCGAAAUUGAUGGAGACAUCAAUGCAGGAUUUUAUUCGUUGCUUUGUGUCUGUGUGGAAAUUUUGUACAAAGAAUUUUGAAGAAAUAAAUUGAGAUUUUAUUAGUUAUAAA